AUGCACCUCUGCGAACCUCCGCAAGAAAACGAGGAAGAUGGCCAGGAAGACAACUGGCAGAACCUGUACAAAAAGGAGGCAGAUAACCAGACUGAUCCCAGAAGAGCUAACCAGGAUGACCUAAGAGUAUCUGGCCAGUCUGAACCCAACGUAUUUGGCCAAGCAGACCACAAAGUGUCCAAAUACAAUAGGCAUAGAAGAUACGAUCAGACUGACCUAAAGCGUCCAACCGUUAUAAAGUUGCUGAUCAUAGAGGAACUAAUAAGAUCAUCCACCCAUGCUGAGAGAGCUUCUAAACAGACUGAGCGCACAUCGUCUGUCUCAUCUGAACAAAGAGCCUCUGAACAGACUGGCCACAGAAAGGUUUCUGAACCGAUGGAUCGCAAGUCUGGCCAAUAUGAUCGAAGGAGUUCUGAACCGAUUGACCAUAUGAAGUCUGGCCAAGAUGGCCGAAGGGUUUCUGCACCGAUUCAACCCAGAGAGUCUGGCCAAGAUGACCAAGCGGCUUAUGACCUGAUUGACAGCAGAAAGUCUGGUCUGGUUGAACAAAAAACUUAUCAACCGGGUGAACAUAGAUUGUCUGACCCAAGUAGCUACAAAUCAUCUGUACAGACUCACCACAAAACACAUGACCAAAUUACUGAACUAGCUGAAGACCAGGCAGCUGAAGACCAAGCUGGUGGCAGCAUUCAUCAUCACCCUAGAGUUAUCAUGCCUUUCUAUCGUGAGUAUGAAAAGGUGGAUGAUGAAGAUGAUGACAUAGAUGACAACCAGCCUGACCUUGGAGAAAGUGAUGAGUAUGAUGACAAUAUACAUACCAGCAAGAAGGGCAGAGAGGUUGACUAUACAUUAGAUUCUAAACAAAAAGAUUUCAGAGAUCCCAAGGAUUCAGAUAUAAAUAAAUAUAAAAAUGAUGAAUUUAUGAAAGCAUUCAACGCAUUUGAUACCAAGGCCACCGGUAAUUUACAACCAAAAACCCACAACUUUUCCCCAAGAUUCCCUGCCAUCUCAUCUAACUUGAACUAUAUCAUCGGUCAAGAAAAUGGUCAAAUCAUAGUAACCAAGCCUGAUGAUACUUCAGGAUACCAAAAAGGAAGGAGUUCUAUUCAAUACCAAAAGAGGCGAUUCCCUUCUCUCGUAUAUCAAGAUCCUUAUCAAAUUUCACUACAAUACAUGGAGAAACACCACAUUCUGCAAAUAUUCCAGCAGAUCACUGAAAACUUAGUUUAUGAAAAGCCAGAGGACCCCCUGAGUUUUAUGCUGAGCCAGGUAAAGAAAAUGAUAAAAGACAGAGAGAAAAAUGCAACCGACGACGAAUGA